GUCCGGGCCCCGGCUGGAGCUGCGGGAGGACGAUGAGGAGGGCGGAGACGCGGGGGACCGCAGCGAGGCCGAGCCCGCUCUGCCCCGCUCCGCUCUGCUCUGCUCCGUGCGGGCCUCUUCCUGGGAACAGGAGGGUGUGGGAGUCCUGGGUGGGACGCAGAAUGUCAGCAUCAGCGGCAGGAUCGGCUGCUUCCUCCUCUGCUCCUGACGCCAUGCGCUGGUUUCCUUUGAGGAAGCACCCCAGAAGCCAGAGCCCAUUGUCCCACCUGUGGGUUCCACAGGCCGUGCAGACGUGGGGCACGGAUGAAGAUGCCAUCAUGGAGACCUUGACCAAACUCAACGUUUGCCAACAUCAGCAAGUUCUGAUCACCUACAAGAGCCCUUUUAGCAGGGGAAACAGAGAUGAAGGAAUGUACGUGGCUGUGCUCAGCAAGAUGCUCAGAGGCACUGCUGACAAGGACGUAACAGACAGCGUUAAAUCUGAGAUGUCAGGAGACCUGGAAGGUGCUUUGCUGGCUGUGGUACAGUGUGUGCGAAACGAGCCUGCGUGUUUUGCUGAAAGGCUGUGUAAACCCAUGAAGGGCCUGGGAGCAGCUGACAGCACUCUGAUCAGAGCGAUGGUGUCCCGCUCCGAGAUGGAUCUGCUGGAUAUCAGAAGGGAAUUCCUGACCAUGUAGGAGUCUCUCUACUCCUUCAUGAAGGGAGUUGCUGCUGUUGGCUGCCGUUGGCAGCCGGCUCUCCCCUCAGACGGCACCGGUCCCACAGCCACUGCGUGCCGGAGCUCCGGGCAGCACCGAGACGGAACCGCGGCACGGCGGGAGCAGUGCUGAGCACAGCGGCGCCAGAGCCGGGAGGGAUGGAGAGCGGCACCUGGACAGGGAAGGAAGUGAAUGGAGGAAUGGGGAAGAGCUGAGCCCCGGCUUGCCAUAGGAGCUGCACGGAUGGAGAAGAAGCUGGGCCCAAAGCCCGGCCGUUCCAGCACUCCUCAUGACAGUCAGUGGCCUCCUGCUGCUCCGCAGGGCUGGGAAUCCUCCCCCAGCACGGCAGCGAGCCCAGGGGCAGCGGCCCUGGUGGCGGAGC